AGGAGCGGCGCGACGUUCGAGGCCGAGAAGACGGCCAUCAUCCACUUUACCCGCAAUGACCACAAGUCCGACCCGGAACCGUAUGUCAUCAAAGGACGGCCCGUUGAGCCAAAGAAUCACACCAAGAUCCUAGGAGUCAUCAUGGACACUCGACUCAAGUACAAGGAACACAUAGCAAGAGCGUCGUCAAAGGGCCUCAAGGCAGCACUUGAACUCCAGCGACUCAGGGGCCUGUCCCCAGCGACGGCGCGACAGCUGUUUACAGCAACAGUCGCACCGGUGGUGGACUACGCGUCGAACGUCUGGAUGCACCGGUAUAAGGACAAGCUCAUAGGACCCAUCAACAGAAUACAGAGAGUAUCGGCGAAAGCGAUUAUCGGCACUUUUCUCACGGUCGCGACAAAUGUGGCAGAAGCCGAGGCUCACAUUCUCACAGCUAAAGAACGGUUCUGGAGGAAAGCAGUCAAGAUGUGGACGGACAUCCACACUUUACCAGAAACGAAUCCAGUCCGCGGGAUGACGUCCAAAAUGCGAAAAUUUCGGAAUUCCUACCGCUCGCCGCUCUUCCAAGUGGCUGAGGCUCUGAAGGACAUACCGAUGGAAAGGGUCGAGACCAUCAACCCGCUUACGCUCUUACCAUGGGAAGACAGACUAGAGGUCAUAAUCGGUGAAGAAGAGACAAGAGCGACAGGGACAGCCAGUACAGUCCGUGUGGCGGUCAGCAGCUCAGUGAGAAGGGAAAUAGUAGGUGUCGGCGGAGUCGUUCAGAAACGGUCGGUGCUGCGAGACGACCCCGAGUUGCAGCCGUUCUCCUUCACUCUGGGCCCGAGGACCGAGCAGAAUCCCUACAGCGCAGAACUGGCAGCAAUAGCGUACACGUUGCGGAGGUCAUUGCGAGGAGUCGCGAACGAGAGGAUCACAGUGGUGACGAGCAAUAAAGGGGCGGUACUCUCUCUCAAACGGCCUCACCAGCAAUCUGGACAGGCGUACAUUCGUAGUGUGUACGAUUCGGUGGAAGAACUUCGCAAGGACAACAACAUCAUCACAGUACAGUGGUUGGCAGCAAGUGAGGAAGACAAACUGCUUAAGCAAGCAAAAACACAAGCGCGCGAAGCGACCAAAGACGGCGCCACCCCG